AUAUUGUAUGCCUGAUAUAUCGAGAAAUUUAAUUGUUUUUAAUUUUUAUAUUCUAUUCAAAUGUGAAUUACUAUCGGAUAAUAAUAUUCAAACAAUAGAAAACUCAUUUAAAAUUCAUCGAUUUUUUAUUGAUCAUCAUUGGAUAAAAGUGAAAUGUUUCUUUGAUCCAAUAAUGUCAUAUCAACAUAUAUCAUCAACUGAAAUGAUCAAACCGAAAUUCUUUAAUAGUAUUAAAAAUUAUUCACAUAUUUUUGAUUGGCAACAUAUGAAAUGUUUAGAGGUUGAUUUAUGUCCAUCGAUUGAUUUAUUUCUCGAACAAUUUAAUAUUUUAUUUCCUCAUAUAACUUCUAUUCAAUUUAAUAUGGGUUAG